CGUUGGUGAAGGCGGAAGAAGAAAAGCAGUGCCUUACGACUUUUUUAGAGGCUUUCUGCUGUUGCUGCUUUCUCUCUCUCUCUCUUUUUCUGUGGUGAUGAUGUGGAGGAGUCCGGCUCUGGAGACCAAUAAGUCACUCCUACUGUUGCUGCUGCAACUAUUGUUUUACUAGGACUGAGAUUUAACUUCUCAAUUAGGACAUACACCUCUCACUUGAGUACAAAGUUUGUUAAACACGUGUGUGUGAUUGUUUCAUUGUUGUACUUUUUGGACUCCAGGAUGUGGAAGCUGCUCGUUGUUUAUUUGCUAGUUGUAACAAUUGUCCUGGCGACUGCGAUACCAAAAUCAGAGGAUGAGUCUAAAGAUCGAGUUCUUGAUAAGGAUUUGAGUGAUCAGGAGCAUUUCAUAAACUCCCAUCACAAUCCAGCCUACGAUCACGAAGCUUUUCUGGGAGAGGAAGCCAAGACAUUUGAGCAAUUGACUCCUGAGGAGAGUGCAAAGAGACUUGGCCUGAUAGUUGACAAAAUUGACAAGGAUCAGGAUGGCUUUGUCACCCAGGAAGAGCUCAAAGAUUGGAUUAGGUAUACUCAAAGGCGCUACAUCAGAGACGACGUGGAGAGACAAUGGAAGUCCCAUAAUCCGGAGAAUAAAGAGAACGUAACUUGGCCAGAGUACAAAAACAUGAUUUAUGGUUCCCUGGAUGAAAAAGAUGUCGAGAGCCUUAAAGAGCAAGAUGAUAACUACUCUUAUGCUACCAUGCAGAAGAGGGAUAGGAGGCGCUGGUCUUUUGCCGACCAGGACAAUGAUGAUGCUUUAACCAAGGAGGAGUUUUCUGCUUUCCUGCAUCCGGAGGAGACCGAUUACAUGCGAGAUGUCGUUGUAAUGGAGACCAUAGAGGAUAUUGACAAGGACAAGGACGGCAAGAUUUCCCUCUCAGAAUAUAUUGGUGACAUGUACAAAGAUGAAGAUGGUCAAGAAUUACCUGAGUGGGUAUUAAACGAGCAGGAACAGUUUAUGUCUCAUCGUGAUAAGGAUGGCGAUGGUUUUAUGAACCACGAAGAGGUUAAAAGUUGGAUCUUGCCGGCAGACUUUGAUCAUGCUGAAGCGGAAGCGCGGCACUUGAUUUACGAAGCAGACUCCGACGCGGAUCAAAAAUUGACAAAAGAGGAGAUCUUGGAAAAAUACGAUACAUUCGUGGGCUCGCAGGCGACGGACUUUGGUGAAGCCCUGACGCGACACGACGAGUUUUAAAGAUCGCUUUUAACGUGACCGAGAGAUUUUUCAGAAAUUUAUAAAAGUUUUUAUACGUUAUAAAUAUAAAUAUACAUAUUUAUCGAUAAAAUUAUAUUUAUACUUGAUGUUUGAGAAAAUUUUAUACUCUAUAUUUUCAGAACUAAAAAGUUCUUCAUAUGAUUAUAGAAUCUCAUGACAAAUACUUACUGCAUACUGUGCAAGUGGGUACAUUAAUUAAUUAAUUAAUCUUAUAUACUGAUGCUGCUGCCAUUCAAAUGUAUUUUGAUGAUAAAAAUAUCGUUCCCACUUGAAAAAUUAUCAUAUUUUUAUAAGUGAGACAUUGUC